UGAUCUUUGUUUGUCCUCUCUGCAUUGCUGUCCACCCUCGCAAUGGCCUUCAACAAGAAAUACGCGGGUCUUCCAGAUCUAGAUCUGGCGCCCGAUAUUUACGAAACCCCCGAUCUCACCGACGAAGCUUCCACGGUUCCGACAACCACGGUCCGCACAGCCUCCAAUCUCGACGACGAUGCCGGUUCCAACUCCGACAUUGACCGACAAGGCGUGGACGCCGACGCGGCGCGCGCCCACUUCCUCGGUGCGACGGUCGACGCCCGCGAGGCCAACUUCUCCGACAGCAUCGAUACCAAGCGCAAAGCCUACCGCAGUAAAGGCCGACGGAUACGGCGAAACGAGAACGGCCUCGAAGAGGUCGACGACCUGAGUGACAGCGAAGACGAGAGUCUGGACCGCAAGCUCGCCCGGCUGCGGAGAGAGGUCGAGGAGCUGAAGGACGAGAUGGCCACGAGGGAAGACGCUGCCGAAUCUCAAGACCCCGCCGCAAAUGGAAAGGAGCCGUUGGGCGACGGCGUCCUCGAACUCAGCCGUGCCCUGGACAACCUCUACGCAUCCUCCCGCGGCCCUGGGGGUGACGGCGUCCCGCAUUCCGCCGCCGCGGCGCUGUCCAAGAAGCUCGACCCCAGCUCUAUACCCACCGAUCAAUCCUCCGCUGCUCCUGCGACAACGACAACAACCCCCAAUGCCCAACAAACCCUCACCUCUUCCCCCUCCUCCGCCACCAACGUCGGUGUCCUCUCCCACGCCGCCGCCUUCGACAGCCGUCUCGCGCUCAUCGAAUCCGCCAUGGGCAUCUCCAGCGCCUCCAACCCGUUCGUCACCGACGGCAUCUCCGAACCCGCCCUGCAACCCGUCCUCCCGGCCCUCGACCACAUCACCUCGAGGCUCGCCACCCUCAUGAACCUCCUCGUCGGGCCGGCCCCGGCGUCCGCCUUCCCAACCACCUCCGCCGGCCACCUACCCCCGUCCACGACCGUCUCAACCCCCCACCUCGAGACGCUCUCGACCCGCGUCCGCCGCCUAACCGCCGACACCGAGGCGCUGGCCGCCGCGCGCAAACGCGCCCUCGACGCCGCCAAAGCCGCACAGAACGCGCGCAUCGCAGCCGCCGCGCUCGAGCCCUCCGACGUCUCCGUCUCGUCCUCCUCCGCCACGGAAACCGACCCCGCCGCCACCCAGCGCGACGAGCAGGCCACCAAGAUCCAGGCCCUGUACGCCACCCUACCGACGAUCCAGUCGCUGCACCCGAUCCUGCCCAGCGUGCUGGAGCGUCUGCGCUCCCUGCGCGCCAUCCACGCCGGCGCCGCCAACGCCUCCGAGACCCUCGACGAGCUGGAACGGCGCCAGGCCGACAUGGCGCGGGAGAUCGAGCAGUGGCGCGAGGGACUGCGCGUCGUCGAGGAGAAGAUGGGGCAGGGCGAGGCGGCGCUCAAGAGUAAUGUGGAACUGGUGGAGCCGUGGGUGCGUGAUUUGGAGGGGCGGUUGGAGAAGUUGGAUCAUGCUGGUGCUUAAUACCCUGUCUUUUUCUUUUUUUUUUUUUUUUCUUGGUUUCGUGUCGAUAGUCUUGGUAGAGAGAUACAUGUGCAUGACUCUGCGGGCAUUUAGUACAGAUUUGUUAUGUUUAUCGCCAUCUUACCUACCUACCUAUUUCCUUCCCUUUCUCAAGGACGCAUGUUCAUGUUACUGUCUAAUCUAGAGUUUACCGUUCUGGUAGGUCUCAGUCAGGAAUCCUAGUAUUCGACCCAGUACAAUCCUGCAGAGAAUGAUCCAACCAAUUACUCUUUUUUAUACUCCCUACUCAACGCAGAAUCAAAC